CUAGUGCGUCUGGCCUGGAGCGGUCGGUGCUGAGUUUGUGCGGCUGUUCUCUGUCCCGCCGCUGGAUUUCUCCGCUGGGUUUGAGGGUGACUCGUGUCGAAUGGUUCUUCUUUUGUAACUGGGGACACUACUAAACCCGAGAGAAGCUGCGCGCGCUUUGCCUUCUCUCUCCAGGGCCCUGCAUGUCUGAUCUUUAGACAUGUUCAGCCGUGUGGAUUCCAGGACUUUACUGCUACUUGUAGCGUCACAAGUUUGUCUAUUAACCGUUGUGAGAUGUCAAGAAGACCUGACGGAGGAGGAUGAGCUGAGCUGUAUACAGGACGGACAGCGCUAUAGCGACAAGGAUGUGUGGAAACCCGAGCCGUGCCGCAUCUGUGUGUGCGACACGGGCACUGUCCUGUGUGAUGAGAUAGUCUGCGAGGAGCUGAAAGACUGUGCCAAACCUGAAAUCCCAUUUGGAGAGUGUUGUCCUGUCUGCGCCGCUGACCCAUCUACACCCAUUGGAGUCCCAGGUGCUAAGGGGCAGAAAGGUGAACCCGGAGACAUUACUGAUGUUGUAGGACCAAGAGGACCAGCGGGGCCGAUGGGCCCUCCAGGAGAACAAGGGCCCCGCGGACCAAGAGGAGACAAAGGAGAGAAGGGAAGCCCUGGCCCUCGUGGCAGAGAUGGUGAACCUGGCACCCCCGGAAACCCCGGCCCCCCCGGACCUCCUGGACCUAACGGGCCUCCUGGACUCGGUGGGAACUUUGCCUCUCAAAUGGCUGGAGGUUUUGAUGAGAAGUCGGGCGGUGCACAGAUGGGAGUGAUGCAAGGACCAAUGGGCCCGAUGGGUCCCAGAGGACCACCUGGCCCCAGUGGAUCACCUGGACCACAAGGAUUCCAAGGAAACCCAGGAGAAGCUGGAGAGCCCGGACAAUCUGGCCCGAUGGGUCCUCGUGGCCCCCCUGGACCUUCUGGAAAACCUGGAGAUGACGGUGAAGCUGGAAAACCUGGUAAAUCUGGUGAUCGUGGACCUGCUGGACCUCAGGGAGCCCGUGGAUUCCCUGGAACUCCUGGACUUCCUGGCAUCAAAGGACACAGAGGUUAUCCAGGUCUGGAUGGUGCAAAGGGAGAAACUGGAGCUCUUGGUUCAAAGGGCGAGGCUGGUGCUCCUGGUGAGAGCGGGGCCCCUGGACCAAUGGGCCCUCGCGGUCUGCCUGGUGAGAGAGGACGUCCUGGACCCAGUGGAGCUGCUGGUGCUCGUGGAAAUGAUGGUUUGCCUGGUCCAGCUGGUCCUCCAGGUCCAGUUGGUCCGGCUGGAGCUCCAGGUUUCCCUGGAUCUCCUGGGUCUAAGGGAGAGGCUGGUCCCACUGGUGCUCGUGGUCCUGAGGGUGCACAGGGACCUCGGGGAGAGUCAGGUACUCCUGGAUCAUCUGGGCCUUCUGGUGCUUCUGGAAACCCUGGCACUGAUGGGAUCCCUGGAGCUAAAGGAUCAGCUGGUGCUCCUGGCAUCGCUGGUGCCCCUGGUUUCCCAGGACCUCGUGGACCUCCUGGGCCUCAAGGAGCCACUGGGCCUCUUGGACCAAAAGGAACCUCAGGAGACCCAGGGAUCCCCGGGUUCAAAGGUGAAGCUGGACCAAAAGGAGAAAUUGGACCAGCCGGUCUUCAGGGAGCUUCCGGUCCUCAGGGAGAAGAGGGAAAGCGUGGACCCAGAGGUGAGCCUGGUUCAGCAGGGCCACUCGGGCCUCCAGGAGAGAGGGGUACCCCAGGAAACCGGGGUUUCCCUGGUCAGGACGGCCUGCCUGGUCCCAAGGGCGCCCCUGGUGAGCGAGGACCCUCAGGUGCUAGUGGUCCUAAGGGUGCCGGAGGUGACCCUGGACGUCCUGGAGAGCCUGGUCUGCCUGGAGCCAGAGGUUUAACUGGACGUCCCGGAGACGCUGGUCCUCAGGGCAAAGUGGGGCCCUCGGGAGCUGCAGGUGAAGACGGUCGUCCUGGACCUCCAGGUCCACAGGGAGCUCGUGGACAGCCUGGCGUCAUGGGAUUCCCUGGACCCAAAGGAGCAACUGGUGAGCCUGGGAAGUCUGGAGACAAAGGUCUGGCUGGAGCCCCUGGUCUGAGAGGUCUACCUGGCAAAGACGGAGAGACGGGCGCUGCUGGACCCCCAGGCCCGGCUGGCCCCGCUGGAGAAAGAGGAGAACAGGGACAGCCCGGGCCUCCAGGCUUCCAGGGUCUUCCUGGACCUCCUGGCCCACCUGGUGAGGGCGGCAAACCCGGAGACCAGGGUGUUCCUGGAGAGGCUGGAGCGGCUGGUGCCACUGGCCCCAGAGGAGAGCGAGGAUUCCCCGGUGAGAGAGGUGCAGCUGGGCCUCAGGGUCUGCAGGGGCCCAGAGGUCUGCCCGGGACGCCUGGAACCGACGGACCAAAAGGAGCUAUUGGACCUGCAGGAGCAGCAGGAGCUCAGGGGCCCCCCGGCCUGCAGGGCAUGCCUGGAGAGAGAGGAGGAGCUGGCAUCCCAGGGCCCAAAGGAGACAGAGGUGAUGUGGGAGAGAAAGGACCUGAGGGUGCUGCGGGUAAAGACGGUGCGAGAGGUCUCACUGGACCCAUUGGUCCUCCUGGCCCUGGUGGUCCCAAUGGUGAAAAGGGUGAAUCUGGACCUGCUGGUCCUUCUGGAGCUCCUGGUGCCCGCGGCGCUCCGGGCGACAGAGGUGAGACUGGACCCCCGGGACCGGCUGGAUUUGCUGGAACUCCUGGGGCUGAUGGUCAGCCUGGAAUAAAAGGAGAACAAGGAGAGUCGGGACAAAAGGGUGACGCUGGGGCCCCUGGACCCCAAGGACCUUCUGGAGCCCCUGGUCCUGCUGGUCCCACUGGCGUUACUGGACCUAAAGGCGCUCGUGGUGCUCAAGGGCCUCCUGGAGCCACCGGUUUCCCUGGAGCUGCUGGACGUGUCGGACCCCCUGGCCCCAAUGGUAACCCUGGCCCCGCCGGUCCCGCCGGUCCUCCCGGUAAAGACGGACCUAAGGGAGUGAGAGGAGACGGGGGUCCUCCCGGUCGACAGGGUGAUGCUGGACUCCGUGGUGCGGCUGGUCCUCCUGGAGAGAAAGGAGACGCAGGAGAAGACGGGCCUCCAGGGCCGGCCGGUCCCUCGGGUCCUGCAGGAUUGGCUGGGCAGAGGGGCAUUGUGGGUCUGCCUGGACAGCGUGGAGAGAGAGGAUUCCCUGGUCUGCCUGGACCUUCUGGAGAGCCUGGGAAACAAGGAGCCACUGGUGGUGCUGGGGACCGUGGACCCCCUGGACCUGUUGGACCCCCUGGACUCACCGGACCUGCUGGAGAGCCUGGUAGAGAGGGUAAUCCAGGAUCAGAUGGGCCUCCUGGUAGAGAUGGUUCUGCUGGAGUGAAAGGUGACCGUGGUAACACUGGCCCUGCUGGUGCUCCUGGUGCUCCAGGUGCUCCUGGGGCUCCUGGUCCUGUUGGUCCCACUGGCAAACAGGGAGACAGAGGAGAGGCUGGUGCUCAAGGACCUUCUGGACCUGCUGGGCCCGCUGGAGCCAGAGGAAUGCCUGGACCUCAAGGACCUCGCGGUGACAAGGGUGAAGCUGGAGAGGGUGGAGAGAGAGGACAGAAGGGACACAGAGGCUUCACUGGUCUGCAGGGUCUGCCCGGGCCUCCAGGUCAAUCUGGAGACCAGGGCGCCACUGGACCUUCUGGACCGUCCGGACAGAGAGGACCACCUGGACCUGUGGGUCCUGCUGGAAAAGAUGGUGCAAAUGGACUCCCAGGACCGAUUGGACCCCCUGGACCACGAGGACGCAGUGGAGACACCGGUCCUGCUGGGCCUCCUGGAAACCCCGGCCCCCCUGGUCCUCCCGGGCCUCCAGGUCCUGGCAUUGACAUGUCGGCCUUUGCUGGUCUGGGCCAGACUGACAAGGGUCCAGAUCCUCUCAGAUACAUGAGAGCCGACCAGGCCUCUGGAAACCUCCGUCAGCACGACGCAGAGGUCGACGCCACGCUCAAGUCUCUCAACAACCAGAUCGAGAACAUCCGCAGCCCAGAAGGAUCCAAAAAGAACCCUGCACGCACAUGUAGAGACCUGAAACUCUGCCAUCCUGACUGGAAGAGCGGCGAGUACUGGAUUGAUCCUAAUCAGGGCUGCACUGUUGACGCCAUCAGGGUCUUCUGCAACAUGGAGACUGGAGAGUCCUGUUUGCAGCCUAAACCUUCUAAUAUUCCUCGUAAAAACUGGUGGUCCAGUAAGAGCAAGGAGCGCAAACACAUCUGGUUUGGAGAGACAAUGAACGGAGGCUUCCACUUCAGCUAUGGUGACGACAACCUGGCACCCAACACUGCUGCUAUUCAGAUGACUUUCUUGAGACUGUUGUCCACUGAGGCUUCACAGAACCUCACGUACCACUGCAAGAACAGCGUCGCUUACAUGGACGCCUCCACGGGCAACUUGAAGAAGGCAGUGCUGCUGCAGGGCUCCAACGACGUGGAGAUCAGAGCUGAGGGAAACAGCCGCUUCACUUACACUGUGAUGGAGGACGGAUGCACGAAACACACAGGACAGUGGGGCAAGACAGUGUUUGAAUACAGAUCACAGAAGACGUCCCGACUGCCUCUUGUGGACAUUGCCCCUAUGGACAUCGGUGGACAGGACCAGGAGUUCGGAGUUAACGUUGGCCCAGUUUGCUUCUUGUAAAAAAAAAAAAAGGAGCAAUAGAACAAAAGUGGGAAUAAAAGGUGAAAAGGAGCAUGCUUAAAGGAGGGAAGAAGAGAAAACUAAAACCAAGACACUUUUUAAUGGGACUUUUUUCUAAAUAAAAGUGCGUUCUCAUGUUGAACUCCGUAGGAAAUCUGCACUGAAUGGCACCAGCAACUGUCAUCUGUGAUUCACACGUCUUUGCUUCCGUAAACUCAGCGAACACAUGGACCCCAGCGCUCCCCAUGCUUCUCCAGGAUAAACACGAAUGCAUGAAAGAAGGAGGGAAUAUGAGAAGAACGAGUGUCAUAUGGGAACACAAACGGAAACCGGAAAAAUAAUAUACUGUUAUUUAUUUAUUGUAAAGGUUAGAGUCCAGGGUGACGGCUCAUGUAAUACUCACA